AUGUCGAAUAUGAAUACGUCGGAUGACGCAUUACGAUGUCCAAUAACAAUGGAAUUAUUUCGUGAUCCAGUCUUAGCACCGGAUGGUCAUACAUAUGAGAGACAAGCAAUCGAACAAUGGAUUCAAAGACAUGGGACAAGUCCAAUGACACGACGACCAUUAUCCAUUGAACAGCUCUAUUCGAAUCGUACUGUGAAAGAACUUGUUGACAGUUUUGACAUAUUAUUGCGCGAAAAAAAUUCCCGAUUUAUAUUAAAUGUUGAUGUGAAAAAAAAGAAUGAGCGACCACUAGUUCAGACAAUUAGAAAAACAAUUUAUGGUGCUGAAUGGCUAUCAAAUAAUAAUAAUAAUCAAUCAGAAAUAAUUCUAUUAAAAAUUGAUGGUACUCGGGCAAGACAUGAGGCAUCUUUCUACAUAGAUUUAAGUCAUCAUCCGUAUAUCAUUCGAACAUUUGGUUUGGUAUAUGACAGAAACAAUCUCGACCAAAAGGAUGCAAUUCUACUUUUACAAGAAUACGCAUCCGAAGGAAGUUUGUAUGAAUUAUUACAGAAACGGAAUAGAGUUCCUGAUGAAAAAAUUCUUAUUCAUAUAUUUCUACAAAUUAUUGAGGCAAUGAUAUGGCUGGCAUAUAAUCAUGUCGUACAUAGCAAUUUAGCAUGUCGUAAUGUUCUAGUAUUUAAUUUUGAUGAAAAUCAACCACAAAAGACGGUUAUGAAAAUCACUGACUUUAGUCUUAGUCAAUAUAGUCAACUGUAUCCAAUGACAUCAGAUACGCCAAGAAAAACGUUGGACGUAAUUCCUAUACGAUAUGCAGCGCCAGAAGUACUUUCAUCGAAUGCAACAUUGAAUGUGUAUACAGAAAAAUCAGAUAUUUAUUCGAUGGGUGUGUUAAUGUGGGAAGCAUAUUCUCGGGGGUCAUUGCCAUGGACCAACAUUGAAAACGAUAAUGAAGUGAUUCGACGAGUCAGCCAUGGUGAUUUAUUAUCUCAACCAUCCAAUUGUAGUCAAUCCAUUUGA